AUGGCUUCUAUAUUUGUUGCUACUCUCCUCUUUCGUUGGUUUUUAACUCUUUCCUUGUUAGCUGCCUCUAUUUUACGAAUCAAUGGAUUCUCCGCUUUAUAUUUCGGAUUUUUCCUGGUAAUGCCAUUCUUACCCAAUCCUUCCCAUCAAAGCUUUUUUAAGGGUCCUAUUCGAAAAUAUCUUCUAUCUAUUUGUGCAUUAUCCCUUGGUCUUUGCGUUGCUCAUAUCAUCUUUCAAAUAGUACUUGCUGCCAAUCCUCCCUAUGGAAGCAUCAUCAUCGAUUGUUUUUGGCAGGAGAGGCUAGCUAGACAAAUAGGCUUCAAUAAGCUAGGACAUAAUGUGUGGAACGAUAUACGUUUACUUGCUCCAGAUGCCAUUAUCUUUAUCAUCUCUGUAGUAACAUUCUUAUAUUGCCGAAAAUUAGCAAAUAAACAAGUAGACCAAAUUAUGCAUGGUUCUGAUGAUGAUAGACGCCAUGUAUAUGACAAAUUAGACUCAUUGGCAACACUAACCUAUUCUAAAUAUGGACACUCAUUGAAGAAUAUCAAAAUCUUAGGAUUAACAGGAUAUUUUAAAACUAACUGUUCAUCGCCUUCUUUACCAAUUCUCCGCCACGGAAUUCCGUGGUACUCCUAUGUUUGUCCAGGAUUGAUUAUACUAACUUUCUGGACUUUUGCUACUCAUUAUAGUUUCUCUUUAAAGUGGAAUUCUUAUGGUAAGUUUCCCAAUCUUGCAACGCAUAUGUAUUUCUUAAUGUGGUGGACAUCGAAAAAAAGAAGCGAAACAAAGCAAAGGAGUCCUUCAACUCAACUGCAAACUGAAAAUCCUCUACAGGUCAAUGUAGAUGCUCAUCAAACUUCUACCUUAAAUCAAGAUGUUACUUCCCAAAAUACUGUUGCCACUAACAAUGACCAACGAACUGAAGCUGAGAAUAAUGUCCUCCUUGAACCAGUACCAACAGCUGUCGAGACCGACGAAAAUCUUCACAUACACAAUAUCAUCUUACAGUAUAGCCAGCAAAAAUUUUAUGCUUUUCUACAAUACGUUGAGAUGAACAUACAUUUAUUAGCAUUGAUCGCGAUGUUGACUUGGAGUAUUUCGUACCAUUCCUGGCCAGCUUUCGUCCUACUGAUAUUUGCUUGCCUGUUUUUUAUACAUCCGAGAACGUAUGAGGUCAUGAUGACUACUGCUCCGCUCUUAGUUAUCUACGGCGAAAUUAUGAUUAUUGCUACUUACAUAUAUGGACUUAAUCUACACAAAGAACUCCCUGAGGUUGUUAACGGUUUUAAUUUACAGCAAGUUGGUCUGCAACGAUUUUCUAACCAGUGCCUGCAUCUGGGAUUGCAGAGCAUUUUCUUGGCAAUAUUUUGGCUUACACUUCGGCAUAAGCAGAAUAGAGCCAGAAAUUCUGAAAGAGAACUCUAUCGUGUAAUCGGUAUAACAAUCCAAACUCUAUUAGCCCAGUACUGGAUAUUAGCAUGCCUUGGAGCGUUACUGAUUGUAUCUCUACAUGGACAGCCUACCAUUUAUCAAAUUAUUUACAUGUUCUUUUUCCUGUUGCUAACCGUAACUUAUAAGAUUUAUUUUAAAACCUUUCUGGAUUAUACUUAUAAUGUAUUCGUUACUGGUACUGAGACACACAUAGUAAAGGCUGUUAUGCUCACUAUAUUUAUUGUUUGCGUCGCAGAGGUAACUGCAUUGAAUGGUAUCUUUGCAAUAUUCGUCAUUCUACAAUUGCCAUAUCAAAGGCUACAAAAAGUCUUAUCCUAUAUUAUGACACUUUUAAUUGCGGUUAGCUUACUCUCUAAGCUGACAUUCCAGCUCAGUGUCAUCGAUACCAAAAAUUUACGAAGCAAUUGCUCAUAUGCAAUACCAGAAUGGAAUGGUACAAUGUUUAUAACAUUUUAUUUAAAUCGUACUCUAAAUGAUAUCGAAUGGUUUGGAUUAAAGAAAGUCUCCAACGUAUCUAGUUAUGUUGGGGGCUAUAUCGCUAUAAUUUGCUUGAUUACUAUGGAAAAAGUUAUCAACCAUCGCCAGAGGCAAAUGUACGAACUUACAAAUACCAGACGCCCACCAAGUGGAAUUCUAUUUCCAAAUAUCGAUGAAACCAAAAUUGAUACCUCCCUAAAAAGCAGGAUAAAAUACGUUAUUGACAAUUUCUGUAGCCUUUGGGGUAUAGAGUUAUGUAUUUUCACGGAAAUCAUUGUCAUUGGCGCAAGAGGGGAUGUUUAUUCCGCUAUAUAUUCUGUCGUUCUUGGGUUGCAACUCUUUCUACCACGAAAACAGUUAUCAACAUUAUGGCCUAUUUAUAUUGCUUUUCUUACUAUUUCUAUUAUUGCUCAAUAUUUGUUACUCCUAGGAUUGCCUACGUACCUAUGUUAUGGAGAUUUCUUUAUGCUUAUGUUUGCAUGUUGUCAAAUGAAAGCAUAUCUAUCCGGAAAGCGAGAUUCACAUUUAACCGUUAGAAUCCAUGCAGAAGAUGGAAAAAUGACUAAUCCUGGCAAUUUUUUAAACAAUAGGUGUUGGCUAGAUACUAUACAAAUAUUCAUCUUCCAAUAUUUUCUAUGGAUAACAUAUGCAGUAAUAUUUAUUGUUGGAACAAGUCAAAUUAAUAUCUUCUGUUUUGGGUUCCUACUUGCUGAUUUCUUCUUCUUAUGGCAUGGUCAGUCGAUCGUAAAAAGGUUAAAAUUCGACGAUAAUGGCAAAAUGGUGAAAACCUGGUGGAAGCUGUUUAUUGCCUACACGUAUACCGUUAUUUUGCUUAAGACGUCAUUUCAGGUUGUGGUUUGUGCUUGGCCAAAUAUAAUACCUUGUAUUGUCUCAAGAAUAUUUAACGUCGUAUGUUUACGUGCGUUUGUUGGAGAAGAUCCAGUAGAACGAAUGAACUGUGUCACAUUGCCUAAGAAAUAUGGUGUUGGAAUCGAUGGCGUCUGCCUAAUGUUUUUAUUAAUUCAACAACUCAUCUUCAAUAGUAACCAGAUAUAUUAUGUAGCAGAGGAGUUAUUCGAAACUAAUCAAUUAUCAAAAAAAGUUGCUAAAUUUUUACGUGAUUGUCGACAAGAACGAAUUAAGCUAGAAAUUGAAAGUCGCGAAAAAAUAAGAAAACGAAUCAAAGACAGUGUGGAAGUACUAAAAUCUAGACGUAAUAGCAAAUUAUUUGCAAACUUAUCACACGAACAAAUAAUUGCUGCUGGUGAUUACUAUUUAUUCCGGGAUUUAUAUCAGAAAGAAAAAUUGGUCGGACAGACCGUUGACACUCAAUAUACUGAUACCGUUAGCGAUGACCGUAGCACCCAAGAUAAAUCUCAAAUUGAUGAUUUAGAUCCUUCUUCAAAGGAAAAAAUCCAAAAUAAACAACAAAUAGCUAAUGAACAUCAUGAAGACGUACAGUCUAGCGAAGCAGCCUCUAACGAUUUAGUCUACUUAAAACAAGACACAGACUUCGAAUGUCAUGAUGUAUCUCAGCGAGCGGAACCUGGCAUAACUGACAACCCGUUAUAUGGUAGGCAUUCUUCUAUUUACGUUUCGAAAUCUCAAACUGGUGGACCCGCUUCAACGCAAUAUCGAAUAGCUGAUGGGGAAUCAUCAAGUUCUACACUCCAAGAACAUACGAAACAUUCUCAUAAUCAAUUUAUUGAAUCUGCAUCCAAUGCUGCAUCUACAGAUACAAAGAGGGCUUUUAAGACCCAAGAAAAUAUUUCUGAUUUACCGGCACCUCAAAAUAAUUUAUUCUUGAAUAAGCAAUUAAAUGUACAGGAGGUUACCCUUAAAGAUAUCACAACUGAUAGCCUGCCCUCAAGAUUAGACUCCCUUGAUGGCAAAGUUACGUCCAAGGAAGAAAAGAAAAAAGGCGCUUUCCGAAGAUUUAUCAACUAUCUUUACUGUAACAUCUGGAUAACUUACACGGAUAAAUUAACUAGAUGGUUGGAUACUUUCGGUAUUGAAUAUAGGGCAGCAGCUAAAAAAAUACGUCAGGAACGUGCUAACCUGUCAAAAGUACACUCUAAUGAACGAGCUGUAACCACCAAUGAUGUUCAUGAUUCAGCAGAAAAUACGGUCGUUGCUGCUGCUGUUAUCACUGCUAACGCUGAUUUGGACUUAGAUGAACCUUUAGAAUCCAAAGAACUUCAAAGAUUACAAUCUUCAUUAGCGUAUAAAACAGAAUCCAAUGAUGGUUGGCAAGGAAAUAUGUCAAGAUUUGAUCAUUUCAUUUUCGCACUUUAUUAUUCCUUAUGCGCUAAUACUGAUAAUAUUUGUUACUUUCUAAUCUUGCUCAAUUUGAUUGUUCAUGGUACGGUAUUAUCACUUAUUCUUCCGUUAUCCACAUUUUUAUGGGCGUUCUUAUCAAUUCCACGACCCCAUCGAUAUUUUUGGAUUUUCGCUUUCACCUACACGGAAAUAGUUGUAUUAAUCAAGUAUACUUUCCAGUUCUCAUUUUGGACAUUUAAUCGUCCAGAUGGGAAUAACGAUCCUUUUUGGGCUCCACGCAUUAUUGGAAUAGUACAAGAGGAUAAUUUUGGAAGAAUAGUAGCAUUUGACUUAAUCUUGCUAUUAUCAUUAUUUUUUCAUUGUGCUAUUUUAAAAUCAUUUGGUCUAUGGAACGACGAUGAUAGCAACAAUGAUCAUGAUGAGAUGACUGAAUCGGAAGAGAUUUGGCCAAACAUUAAGUUCAUACAACAAUUACUUCGACAUGACAGUAAACCUGGAACUAUCGAUGUUUACACAUCAAUGUUUGCAUGCACUUUUAUAGCUUUCCUGAUUAUUAUUUUCGGUUGGUCAUCAUUUGGUGAAAAUGCAUCGCAAAAUGAUAAUUUAUCAACUUUUAUUGCCGAAAAUAACAUUCCAUUACCAUUUUUAAUAGCUAUGUUAACUCAAUUCCUAUUAAUGUUAUGCGAUCGUGCCAUUUAUUUAAGGCGCAGUCUACUGGCAAGAUUAAUCGUCUACAUUAUCCAGGUUAUCGCUCUUCAUACAUGGUUAUUUUUCUUUCUGCCAUUUCUAACUCGUCGAUCAUUCAAAUAUAAUGCUGCUGCAAUUAUAUUAUAUAUCACCUAUUGCAUUUACUUUCGCUUAAGUUGCUUUCAGUUAUGCCAAGGUUAUCCGAUAAGAGUGUUGCGGCGAUUUUUAACCGACAUAUUUAAUAAUUAUACAUAUUAUUUUGUUCUAUGUGUUAACGCGAUUCCGUUCUUUCUUGAAUUUCGAACAUUAAUGGAUUGGACUUGUACUGAUACAACACUAACGUUAUGGCAUUGGUUAAAAAUGGAAGAUAUAUUUUAUAACAUCUUUUAUACCAAAUGUCGAAGAGAUUACGAAAAUAGCUAUCCACAAAAGAAAGGCGAUCCGAAGAGUCCGUUGUUUAAAGUGGCCUUAGGAGGUUUUUUGAUAUUUCUCUUAGGUGCAAUUAUAUGGUUUCCUCUUCUGUUUAUGUCAUUAGCUAAAACAAGUGGUAUUGCUGACUUACCGACUGAAGGUCAAUUCUCAUUAUCAAUAGUCGGCUACGAGCCACUUUAUAGUUAUACCGCUGAGCAACGAUCUAUCACGAUGUUAUCGCAAAGUGAUUACAAUCAUUUAUUUAAUGUUCAUAAGUAUAACAAUCCAUCCGCUAGGUCUUUUCUUUCGCAAUACGACAGAGAGAAUGUUGUGCGCGUUUUACUAAAUGAAAAUUCAUCACCUAUAUGGGAGAUAAGCCCACCUGUUAGGCAAAAGUUAAUUAAUGAUUUGAGUUCAAACCAAACUAUUACUCUACGGUUUUCUUGGUCAUUUAAUCGUAAACCUAAUAGUGCUCUAGUAUCUGACAUGGUAACUGGCAAUAAUUACUUUAAUUUAUACGAUCCAAAUUUACGCGACGGUCUUUCACAAAUGUUAAUGUUUAAUGACAAUCAAACAUCGAUGGUCACAAUACCGAAGUUAUACCCAUCAUUUGUUCUGGUUCCAGCUACUGGUGCUUCCACUGUUGUUAAAGCAUUAGAUAAUGGUAGCUAUGUCGAUUGUGGCGUAGAAUUAUUAAAAGGACCCACUUAUGAUGAUGUUCUAAAGUCAAUGGUUGAAUGGUGGCGUAUAGUUCAGAAAUCACCCUUUCAUAUUAAUAAUACUAAAAGUUCGCGGUCGAAUUCACUAGAGAUGAUUGUUUUUAGCGACAAGGUCAUCCCGCCUGGAUUGUCCUUUUUAGCGGGAUAUGGUAUUAUUGGUCUAUACGUUUCGUUAGUCUUGGUUGUUGGUCGUUUCAUACGUAUCUUUGUCUCAUCGGUAUCUUAUCGAAUAAUGUUCGAUGAAAUUCCAGACCCAAAUGCAAUCCAUGAAUUAUGUGAAGAAAUUUAUAUGGUGCGAGAAUCACAUGAAUUUGAAUUGGAAGAAGAAUUAUUUGCAAAGUUAAUAUUUUUAUAUAGAUCUCCAGAGACGAUAAUACGACUAACUCGUUUAGCGAGUUUACUCAUACAUUAUGCGUGUAUCGAUCCUACUGAUACAAAAAUCAUUUCUUACAAAAGUGGUUGUAUUGCGUUAAAUGGCAAUAACCUAUAA